AUGGUGGCAGGUGGUCCUAGUGGCACGCAACGCGUCUCUCAUCGACUCGCUAACGCCGACAUGAACCUUGAUCUUCCUUCUGUCGCCGAGCUCAGGCAAGCCGCCGAGGCGGGACAGCGUAUCACUUCUGAUGAUGUGUCGGCAAUCUCGCAAGUUGAAAAUCGCCUGACUGGACGUGGACCCGUUCGUGGUGGGCCGGCGGCUACCGCUCAAAGUAUCGCCAUGAGGCAAAUGAACUUUGACAGCACCGUUGAGGAGAUUGCUCGGAAGCCGCCAAACCUGAUCACCCAGGACGAUGCCCGGGUUGUACAGUCAAUGGAAGGUCGUGCGUUCAAUCGACCUCCCGGGGCAGACUCGAUCACCGCCCAGGUUCGGUCCAUCGCCAAUCGCAACGACUUCUAUCAACUGCCUGCGAUCCCUACGGAACCUGCGUACAUCACCAAGGAGGAUGCGCACGAGGCGCAGCGUAUCGAGAGCAUGUACUAUGGUGGCCAAAUUCCCGGCUAUAGCACCGCGGCGAACAUGCAAGUAAGUAGCACUCCAGAAAGUAUCCUCUCCAACGCCAGAGUGCCGCGGACAAACUUGGAAAUCUUUGGCAAAGCAGUCCAUAUCAGCGUUGAACUGGAGAGUGCCACGGACCCGGACGAUCAGUGUACAGUUGUCUGA